CGACGGUGCCUUUCGCCAAUCGCCGCGAGCAAGCGAGAAUCGGAGCGACCGAGAAACCCGACAGACGAGGGCGGGGGGGUUCUUGUCCCUCUUCAUCCGAAGAGAGCAAGGAGAACAAGAUGUCGUCUUUGGGCUCUCUCAAGUCGCAGAUAUUCGACCGAGAAGAGAGAAAGCAGCAAUAUCAAGCUCAUAUCAGGGGUCUCAACGCGUACGAUCGGCACAAGAAGUUCGUCCGCGAUUACGUUAAUUUCUAUGGCAAAGAAAGAUCUGUGCAAGCUAAUUUGCCCGUUAAAACUGAUCAAGAUACUUUACGAGAAGGCUACAGGUUUAUACGAACGGAGGAAGAUGAUAUGGAUUCAUCUUGGGAGCAAAGGCUGGUGAAGCGUUACUAUGACAAGCUUUUCAAAGAAUACUGCAUAGCUGAUAUGACGAAGUACAAAAGUGGCAAGAUUGGUCUAAGAUGGAGGACAGAGAAAGAAGUCAUAUCUGGGAAGGGGCAGUUCAUAUGUGGUAACAAACAUUGUGACGGGACAGAUGGCCUUGCAAGCUAUGAGGUAAACUUCUCUUAUUUUGAAGCGGGGGAAAACAAACAAGCCUUGGUAAAAUUGGUAACUUGUGAGAGAUGUGCUGAUAAGCUUCAUUACAAGAAGAGAAAAGAGAAAGAGUUAAUGGACAGGAAAGAGAAGGAGAAAUUGGUGAAGCUGGCGAAUUGUGAAAGCAAAAGAAAGAGGGAUCAAUCUGGGAUUGAUGAUGAUACAGACUCUGAAUAUAAAGAGAGAGAAGCGAGCACAAGAAAAGGGAAAAAGGCUUCAAGUUCCGGGGGCAAGCAUAAAGAUGACGAUGAAGAUGAUGAGAAUUUUGAUGAGUUUCUCCAGGGAAUGUUUCCAUGAUAUGACCACAUGGAAUCAAAUGGUUAAUAUUGGCAUAAUGGAGCGUCUGAUGGCAUGGUUUAGCUGCGCUGGUAUGCUUGUGUGCACUUCAAAGUAUCCUCUCUUUCAGCCGAGCGAAGAAAAAUGGUCGCGUGAUGAAUGCCCCGUCGCUGUAACAUAAUGACAAGACUGCACAAAACAGUGAAAACUUAGAUAUGUGAAGUAUUUAUUAAGCCUGGAAGUUUAUUUACAUUGCCAUAGAUCCUGUGAUUUGCAAUGGGUAGUGUAAUAUUUACUCGCCCAGAGAUCCCUUUCAUUGUCUGGAGUGACUUCUCUACAAGUCCGCCCCAGGAGAACCUAACACUGCCGAGAUCAGUCGAGUGAAGCUUGUAGCGGAUGGUGGGCUUGGACUGAAGUGUUGGCUGAGGGGCCUAUUAAUCCAAAUUGAGCCGAGGCCUGCAAUGAAGGGGAACCCCAAUACUGUGUGCGGGCCAGGGGAAAGAGCAAUAGUGCCUGCAAUCUCUAGUCUGUACCUGAUUUUUGUGGACUAUAUAGUGCCCUUGCUGGUUUGCCUUACUGGGCCCAAAUAUUUUAGAAAAACCAUAUUUGGGGGUAUUAGAAAAGAAUCAUUAAAGGA